AUGAUGGAGGCGGCAGAGACUAAGGCGGAGGCCGCUGCCCGAGAGGCCCUGGCCAAGGUGGCAGACAUCCUGGAGCCUAUAGGUCUUCAGGAGGAGGCAGAACUGCCCGUGCAGAUGCUGGCUGAGUUUGUGAUGGACUCCCGGAAGAAAGACAAGCUCCUCUGCAGCCAGCUUCAAGUAGUAGACUUCCUGCAGAAUUUCUUGAUUCAGGAAGGCACUGCCCAGGACCUGAACCCCUUGGCUUCUGAAGACACGAGCCGGCAGAAGGCAAUUGAAGUCAAAGAGCAAUGGAAAGAGCUGAAGGCCACCUACCAAGAGCACGUGGAGGCCAUCACAAGUUCCCUGACCCAGGCACUGCCCAAAGUGGAGGAGGCCCAAAAGAAGCAGGCCAAGCUCCAGGAGGCCCUUGAACAACUCCAGGCCAAGAAGCAAAUGGCCAUGGAAAAACUCAAAAUAGUCCAGAAGCAGUGGCAGCUACAACAGGAAAAGCGUCUGCAGCAUCUGGCAGUGGUUUCUUCAGAGGUGAGGGAGCGUCAGACAGGAACUCAGCAGGAGCUUGAACAGCUAUAUCAGGAACUUGGAACCCUGAAGCAGCAGGCAGGGCAGGAGCAGUACAAGCUGCAGAGGCACCAGACCUUCCUCCACCUGCUACACACCCUUCAGGGUAAGCUGCUAUUCCAUGAGGCUGAGGCAGAGAUGCCACAAGAGUUGGAUCUUCCUAAGGAUAAGCCCCAGCAGCUGACCCAGCCCCAGGAGCAGAACAUUCGGGACACCAUGGGGAGAGAUGAAUGUGUGUCCUCCAAGGCCAACAACCCACAGCCUGCUGGAGAUACAGGCUUACCAUGGCUUCCUGGGAGACAGCAACAUGGGGAAGGAUCCUAGAUCAGGUCCCUUGCUAUGAACUGGAGCUACAGCAGUGGGCUUAUCUGACCAGUUCCUGCCUACAUGGAGCAUAAUGAGAAUGAACAAUUGAAAAGAUAAAUAGGGUGAUUUCAGAGUGUGUUAAAACAGGGUAGCAAACUAAAACAGAGUAAUACAAUGAAGAUCAAUGGUGAGAGUAUAGAGACCCCCAUCUGUGUAUAUUGGCCUGUGUCUAUGAGUCAGUAUUUCUAUUUGUGUUUGUGUGUGUGUGUUUCUGUGUCUUUGUUGCUUUCAGUCUCCAUUCCUCUGUGUGUCUGUCGCUGGGUGUGUGGACAGGGGCGGGCACUACUGUGUUUGAGAAAGAGAUUGCAUUCCUGAUUGGGAGUGUGGAAACUGCUACUUCAGAGAGAAAGAGAGAAAAAUGACAGUUCUCAGAGCGUAGAAAACUCAUUUUCCAUAUGAGAAAAGGACCUUCAUGUGAGAGAAAGACCUAAACAUCCCCAUGAGAAAGACACUGGGGCCUUUUGUUUUUGGUGAGAGAAAGUUUUAAGAGUCAGUGUUCCCUGUCUGUCUCAGACUGGGUCACCUUCUCUCAGGUGGAGAUUGAGAUCCUUGUGCAUUCCGAUGGUUUGCCAUGCUUUACUAAGGUGUCCCUAGUUUUCUCUCAAAUUGUCUUUUCAAAUGUGUUGGUCCCAUUUUUUACGUAUGAAAUAGGAUAAUUAUCAGAGGUCUUUGGGCUCAGAGAGGAUUGAGGAUACUCCACCAGGGAGCACACAAAUGCCCACAGAGUGGCUUCCUCAACCUACUCAUCCCCCUCCCUCCCACAUGGUUCCUGCUGUAGCCUUCUAGUAACCCAAAUAUCCAGUCCCAUUUUUCCCUCCCUCCUACUGGAUAGGCUCCCUUACCCCUACAGUCUCAUUUCCUUUCUAGUCUCAUGUUCUCCAAAAUGUCUGCAGCACAAAUGAGAGAGCAAGAGUACAUAUAUAUAUAUAUAUAUAUCCACCCCAAGAAAAGAGUGUCUACUAAGGGACACUGGGGUGUGGGUUGGGAUGUUGUGGAGUUUCCCUAUCUUUGCAUACAUUAUGGCUGUCAGAAAGUCAGCAGGGAAGAGAAGACACUCACAUGAAGCCCACCAAGAUGGGGGUGAGGAAUAAUACCCUGAGAUACUCCAAGCCAGGGGCAGGGGAAGGAGAUUGGGCAGAUGUACAGUAAUCAAACACAGAGGUCUGCAAACUUCUGGGAACCAGAUUUCUCUCAAGGAGUGUGAAAUGCAUCAGUCCACACUGAGGCCAAAGAGGAGGGGAGGCUUGAUUAUCUGUUACGUUCAAAGCCCUUGAUUUGCCCAUGUGGCUGGAGCCUCAAGUUGGCCGGAAGUGUCUUGACUGACCAGCUCAGGAAUUGGGACUUGCUAUCAGAAAGAAGAUGGACUUUAGCUUCCAGCUCUUCUCAGCCCUCUGUUAGGCCCUUAAAGACUAUCCUUGUUCAUUGAUACUUGCACAGGGUAGAUGUGUGCAAGGAGGAGUACUACCCCUGGGAAAUCGUGAUCUCUUACACAAAGACAUGGAAAUCUAUGAGUCCACAGAAGCUGCUGAAAAGGCCCUGCUGCCUGCCAGAAUUUUUUCUCUUCCUCUUUUCUGUUGAAGGGAAGGACACAGAAACCAGUGAAGAGUGGGGGCGGAGGGGAGACUAGGCAGCAAAUCAGCACAGUCAAGACACUGUUGCUCUGUCUUGACCAGAAGUCUUCUUGAUAACUUAAAGUGAAAAUUAAGCUUACUC